AUGGCAACAACAGAAGCAGCGGCUAAAGAAGGAACCAGGACUCCAUCCCCUCCAGCGACCACGACAGCAUCUAGUGGUGGUGCAGCCAUGGAGGAAGAUGUUCCAUCUCCUGUUCCGGCAUCCAUUAGUUCGACAACUAGCAGUGAACCCUCGCAUUCUCACCAUGGACAUCCUGCUAACAGCAAUGGCUCAUCCUACAUGCCAUCCGUACCGAAUCCUUUUGCAACCGCGAACGCUCCUGCCCCAGCUGGAUGGGGUAAUCAUACUUCCAUGACUGGAGCCCCUGCUCCGUAUGGACACCCACCGCCACCCCAUCACCAACAUCCUCAUCAUGCAGGAGCCAUUCCCAUGGUGGUUUCGACACCUGCUCCACCGCCGGCAUACCAUCACCACCCUCCUGCGACACACCACUACGCCGGUUGGGCACGUGAAAACUCCUGUCCCAACUUUUCCAUUGGAACCAGCGACAGCAGCAACAACAACAGCAACGGUCCAAAGUCACCCCGAGCAAAGACAACGGCUCGCAGGCGCUACAGUAGCAAGGCUGCUUCCACGGUCGCCGCCACCAAUGCUGCUGCUGCUCCUGGCGAGGGUGGGUCCGUCAACUCGAGGCGACAGAAACGAUUGGAGCGCAAUCGCGAGUCGGCUAGGUUGUCUCGUCGCAGAAGAAAGCAGUAUCUAGAAGUCCUAGAAGACCGUGUCACUCAACUCUCCAUGGAACUCGACCAAGGAAGACGCGCCCAUGCAUCGCAAGCUGUGACAGUGACGGUUCAUAAACGACGAGAGGUUCUCACGGAUACAUCCAAACCAGAGGAAGAACGCAUUCGCAUGUUGGACCACGGGCUGGCCAGGACAAGCCCGGAAAUGAUGCUCCUCGCAACGUUCAAAGCUCAGCAGCUCAAGUCAUUCUCCUUGCCACCACACAGCAAAUUCGUGCUAUGGCUUACUCUACAAAACGAUCAGUACUUUCGUGGAGGAAGAGCUGCCAGUGAGAGACUCUCGGCAGCACGUAUUGGGGAACGAAUGUUGAACAGUGGAAAUGACAGGGUCCCUCCUGCACAGUCCAUGUGGCCCUUGUUCUGUAAUGAGGUGGGACUCUCCUACGAUCAAGAGGAGCGUGUCCGCGGCUUUCAGAGGACCCUCUUGCAGUCUAAUGACUCGUGGUUGCAACGACACACGGCACGAGCUGCUGAUCUUGCCAUGGGGGCCGUGCAUGACGGCACGCAAGCCAUGUGCUUGCGUUUGGGGCAGCGUGAACGGUCCAUGCUCAGUGUCCUCACUCCGGCUCAAAAGGUCAAAUUGUUGACAUGGGCCGAUCAGAACAAGGAAAAGUUGCACAGGGUCAUGCAAAACAAGGUUCAGAAGCACAUGGAAACUGCACCCGCCAAAAGCGCCUUUAUCGACCAAAGGUUCAAGACCGACAAGAAACAGCACGUGGCAGCCAACCUGUACAUUGUCAAUUACCAGUUGCAAAAGCUCAUGCAAGUGUUUCCGCGGGCAGCUCCGCUGGUCACAGGUGCCACCCUCAGAAAGCUGUCUCGUCGCCCUUCGUUCGAGUCCCUGGGGCGUGCACCCGAAAAGCCCGGAAAAGAUGAUGACUCCUUGUCGCGGGAUACGUCGUUCGCAUCGUCGAGUUCGCUCAAGCGCAGUUGUUCCUCCCUUAGUAUGGAUGGGGAGCGUCCGCAACUGUUGCAGAUCAGCCCAGACGACGCGGAACAAACCUGCAAGCCAUCGGUGGACAAAGUUCUGGGAUACCUCCGGGAGAUUAUCCCACCCACACCUCCGGUUCAAUACGGAGGUCAGGCUCCAGUGGCAGCUCCAGGUCCGCCGCCGCAUCAGCAGCAACAUCAUCAAGUCGUGGAGAUUCGAAUUCCUUCACCCACACAGGUGACUUCGGUGCAUUACCACCCUACUGUGACGCUCCAGCCUCAGUACACGCAGGCACCGGUCGCGGCAGUUCAGCAGCAUCCACCACAGCAACCGCUUCCAAUGGCUAUCGUAUCGUCGCAGCCAAGUGCCCCAGUCGGUCAGCAGCCCAUCACGGCACCACCGGGACACAGGAAACAGUCUUCGUUCAUUCCACCCUACCUCAACGUGGUACCAGAAGAAAUGUUCCCAACGGAUGGAACGGCGGAUGACUUCCUCAUGUCUCUUGUGGAUGAUGAGGAUUGGGCCAUCGGAGAAGGAAUUGACAUGGAUACCGCAGAUUGA